AUGUCGCGUUCACCCACUACCUCCCCGAGACCAUCGCCGCCGCCGGAAGACAAACCCGAACCCGCGAUAGACCUCCCUCGUCCUUCGCGCUACACCUACAAACAACUCAAGCUCUUGCGACAGAGCUCAACAGCGACACCGCUCCGCGUCAUCGCGCAUAUUGAUCUCGAUGCCUUCUAUGCGCAAUGCGAAAUGGUCCGUCUGGGGACGCCGCGGGAGGCGCCUCUCGCGGUUCGGCAGUGGGAUUCGUUGAUCGCUGUUAACUAUCCAGCGCGGGAUUCUGGGAUAACUAGGAUGAUUUCGGCGGCUGAGGCGAAGAAGCUCUGUCCGGAUGUCGUAUUACAGCAUGUCGCGACAUUCAGAGAAGGCGAGGGCGGGAAGUGGGCGUAUAGGGAGGACGCGUUCAAGAAUAUUGGGACAGAUAAAGUGUCCUUGGAUCCGUACCGGGCGGAAUCGCGCAAGGUUCUUGCUGUGAUGAAGGAGGGGGUGUCUAGGUGGCAUGCGGCUGUGACCGGCGAAAACGGCGUUGGGACUGAAACUUCAGCACCACCCUUCGAGAUUCAGACGCAGCUCCCCAGUGUUGAGAAAGCGAGUAUCGAUGAAGUGUUCAUCGACCUAUCACCGUUGGUAUUUGGUGCUUUGUUGCAGAGGUACCCUGAGUUACGGGCUGGAUCUCUUGGUGAAGACCAGGGAGCAUCGUUACCAUGUCCUCCGACAACAGCGCUGGAAUGGAACGCUGAAGACUGUCUGAUCGAUUUGGACGAAAAUGAAACCGAAGUCGAUGACCCCGACUGGGAUGAUAUCGCAAUGCUAAUAGGUUCUGAGAUCAUACGAUCCGUCCGCACAGCUGUCUGGAACCAUCUCAGUUAUACCUGCUCUGCUGGUGUUGCUAGAAACAAGAUGAUGGCCAAGUUAGGGAGUGGCUGUAACAAGCCAAACAAACAAACCGUGGUUCGGAACCGUGCCGUUCAAAACUUCCUAGGUGGAUUCAAGUUCACCAAGAUCCGGAUGCUGGGCGGCAAGUUGGGAGAUCAGGUUGUUGCUCAUUUUGGAACGGAGCAGGUUAGUGACCUGCUGAACGUAUCGCUCGAGCAGUUUCGAGCUAAGCUUGACGACGGUACGGCCAACUGGCUCUACGGGAUUAUUCGCGGCGAGGACAAAAGUGAAGUAAAUUCACGGACCCAAAUAAAGUCCAUGUUAUCCGCAAAAUCAUUCAGACCGAGUAUCAAUUCCGCAGAGCAGGCAGAAAAAUGGCUGCACAUCUUUGCAGCUGAUAUCUACAACCGCCUUGUUGAAGAUGGCGUGCUUGAAAACAGACGCCGUCCAAAGACCGUCACUUUGCAUCAUAGACAGGGUGCUCAGGUCCGCUCUCGUCAGAUCCCGAUUCCUGGCGCGAGGCCUGUUGACGAGGCCACUCUUUUUGAUCUUGGCAGCACCUUGCUGCGACAGGUUAUUGAGGAUGCUAGCGCAUGGCCGUGUGCAAACCUGUCGUUGAGCGUUGGUGCAUUCGAAGAUAGAGUCACCAAGAACCGUGCGAUUGAUGGCUUUCUGCUUCGUGGAGAGCAAGCAAAGGCGAACUCAGGCUUUUCCACAAGGGACGUCGAAACAGGGGAUUUAUCAGAUGAUCAGCCAUUUAAUGUGAAAAGAAGAAAAGUUGAAGAUAACGGCAUCAGACGCUUUUUCGGCAAACCAUCAGCUGCCGAUCCCGAACUCUCCUCGAACGAACAACCGCAAUCUGAAUCGGGGCCAAUGCAUUCGACAGAAACCGUUUCGCAUGGAGUUUGCGAAGCCGUGCCAAACCCCAGGCUUGAGGGAUCUUUAAAUCCAUCAGAUGACAUUCCACCUGGCUUCUAUCUCUGCGAGAACUGCAGCCAACCAAUUUUGGAAGGCGGCAGGGUUGAACAUGACGAUUGGCAUUUUGCCAAAGAGCUGGAAUUGCAGGAAAGAGAACUAGCCAGGGCCUCCGUCUCGCUGCCACGCCCGACAAACCCUCACUCGAAUCCUAAUGCCCGUAGUCGAGGUGGCCGCAACAGUCGUAGCAGCAACAAGACAGAAAAGGGACAAACGCGGCUUACAUUUGGGUAG